AUGUCCUUCCAAGGCCACUCCAACGUCGGCUUCCCCAGUCUAUACGAGUCCUCCAACCAAAAAAACACCAGGCAGGAGGAAGUCGAGGAGCUGACGCGGCGUUCUGGAGAAAAUGUCAAGGCAUUCCUAAACAAAAGCCAAAUGGAUGAAGUAAACCGCCUCAGGGAGAAAGAGAUCGAAAAGAAACGCCAAGAAAGACUCCAGAAAGAUCCUACCUUCGCCGCGACAUUGCACGGCAACAAACCGCACAAAGGUGCCAUCAUCGAUAAGGAGCUGCAGGAAGAGGACGAAGCGAUACUACGUAGGAAGGCUGAGUCCCAGGCCAUGAAGAAGGAAAGGAGGAUGUCAACAGGACGGCGGCAAUGA